AUGACCCCUACCACUUCCCAGAUUUCUUGGCCAACUACUACUGCCUCCCUCUGCGAGCUACUCAAUAUCGAUACUGACGUGAAAAAAUGCCAUGCCUCGACACAGAAGAAGGCUCGUUGCCAGCACCCAGUCAGCAAAGCCAACUCGGCUCAUAUCGCUUGUCUCUUGGAGAAAGCAGUCGCUCAAGGAAGCUUUUCUGCUGCUCAGGCUACACUCCAAGAAGUCUCUUACUUGAUCAUGUGUUGUUAUAAACAUCGAGAUAAGGGCCCCCCUCGUUUGUCAGAGUGGGAGACAGUCCUCAAGCCCCUUAAAGUGGUGCAUAUCAAGAAUGAAGACAAGGAAGAUACUCUCAAAACCGAGAAAGAAACAGAUAAUACAUCACCAACCACUCCUGUUAUUUCAUCGCAAAAACAGAUUCCACUCAAGGGCAAUACAUCUAUAACUACUUCAACUCAUCGUCGUCGCAGAUCCCAGUCGUCCCCUUCUACUCCAACAAAACCGUCCCCAAAGCUUUUACUACCCAAAUUACCUUCACCUAAGAGUCCCAAAGCGCCACAUGAGUUCGAGGACUUCUCCCGUCCCCGGUCGACCCUAGAAAUCAAUAAAGCGAUAAAGAAGCGACUUCUUAAACCCUUGACCGAAUGGGAGACAAAGAAUGGAGGCUACAUCUACCUCUAUACCUUUCCUGAGAGUUACCACGACGCACAUCCCUAUAUCAAGAUAGGCUUUUCUCAAGACGUCAGUAAGCGUAUGCGAGAUUGGAAAGACCAGUGCAGCUACGAAGCAAAAGUGCUCGGUGAGUUUCCGGCCGAGCACUACGUCAAGGUUGAGAGAAUUGUACAUGCUCAGCUCUGGAACCAGAGGAAGCGAGAAAAAGCAUGCCCAGCUUGCAACGUUCGCCACAAUGAGUGGUUCAAGGUAGACGCUAUGACUGCCUCAAAGACCAUUGCCUUAUGGACUGGCUGGAUGAGGCGAGAGCCAUAUGAUGAAGAGGGCAACAUCCUGGAUAAAUGGCGUAUCAGGAUUGAGGGCCUUGACAUGGCUAAUCCUGAUUGUUGGGACUUGCUAGUCAAGGGGCUUUUCGAUGAUGAUGUCGAAGAGUCUGAGCUGUCCGAAGGAGAUAGCUUUGCGUGGUCAAGUGAUGAACAGUCCGAGAUCUCUGAGGAAGAUGCUCUUGGAGGUUAUGAAACUGACAAACCUGAGUUUACUUUGACUGACGAUGAAUCUGACGAUGAGGCAUAUGUGGAAGAUGAUGAGCGAUAG